AUGGAUUCAUUCAUGGAUUUUUAUUUCGACGAAGUAUUCAUAAAUCUGGAUAGAGACUGUCUAAACGAGCGAUACAAGAGACGGGAAUUAGUGCAGUAUUUUAAUUCUGUGAUUACCGGUUGUGCCAAAGGACAAAACAAAUCCGAUAACGCAACAUGCAAGAACUUCGUGAAUUCAGCCCUUAAGUACCACAAUAACUGUAAGUCGGACAAUGGCGACGUGUGUCUUAUGGGGAAGUACCACAAUCUUUUAUAUAUAGCCAUGAAGUUGGCUUUUGACUGGAGCUUACAGGAUAAUGGAGUAGUUGCUUCAUUGUUAGAUGAGCUGUACGCUUGUGAGCGGACUUUUGAAAGGAUAUUUUUAGGUGCAAUCUUUGGUACAUCAGCACCUUACUUCUUAGCCGGAUGGAAGUCGGACUUCGUAGACCGACAGGAAAACGUUCACGCCCUAGUCUUCUUUUUAGACCACGCAACGAACGCAAAUUUAGAAUUCAAAGACGAAGAGAAGACUUAUCGCUUUAUAGACGUUCCUCUGGAGAGCUGUGGCAAAGCUUCACCAGUACGAGUGGUUAUACAGAUGGGAGCAGCUGAAAUUCUGAUGAUCCUACUCCGAUUUGGAGCUAGAAUAACCGCGGACCACGUAUCGAGUAACCCCAUAGAGACAAUCCUGGACCGGCUUCAGGAAUAUAACGGACAGUAUCCCAACGAGCUGGUCACUUGUUUGAAGCUGACUUUGAGGGCCGUUCCACAUUUGAAUUUGACAGUUGACAAGAGCGCUUUAAAGCACCUAGAGUUGCCAGAAGAUUAUAAUUAUCAACGAAGAAUUGUAUUGGAAAAGUACGGGGAGAUUUUAAAGGAUCAUUUAGUGCCAAGUUCUCGGUGUGGAUUGCAACCAGUUGAGUUGAAGCACUUAUGUCGUUGUCAAAUUAGACAUGUUUUGUGGGGGAAUUUCGAGUUGCCAUUUGGGAUACAAAAUUUGCCGAUACCGAUGUCUUUGAAGAAGUACUUGGAUUUGUGUGAAGAUUGA